AUGAACAAAUUGAUAUGGGGAAGAAGGUAUCUGUCUACCAGCACUUCAACUCCACUUAAAAAUGUACAUGCAGGAGCUAUACUCUCGAGAGUGCCUCAGGUGACUGCAGACAUGUCAGAGUUUGAGAAAAAGUUUUACAAAUAUCAAGAUGAGCUUCAAAGGAGACUUAUGUGGACAUUCCCCAGAUGGUUCUACUUCAAAAAGGGUACUGUUGCAGAGCGAGAGUUUGCCCAAGCUCAAACAUACCCAAUUCAAGCCAGACGAGGCGUUUGGUUUCCUCAAGGAAAACCCGAGAUCAGACAUGGAAGAGAUAGAAGAUUCAAAGAGGUGAUUGUGCUUCCCAAAUUCGGCUCUAGCGACAAGUCCGAUCAGGCUCCAGAGUCUCGUGAAGAAAACCUGGAUGAUGCUAGUAGACCUAUUAACCCGAUGCCUCGAAUUACUGAAGCUGAUAAAUCAGACAACAAGCUGUCAUUAGAAAGAAGCUUGUCAAGAACGUUGUAUCUCCUUGUGAAACAGAACAACUCUUGGAAGUUUCCAGCAUUUGAAGUUGCAGAUGACUCGAAACCAUUACAUUUAGUCGCCGAAGACGGUUUGAAGAGUUUGGGCGGAGACAAAUUAAACAUUUGGACAGUCUCGAACACCCCAACCGCUUUGAUCAAAUUCUCUAAGGGCAAGAUUGUCUCUGAUAUGGGAGAGGAUGGUGUGAGAGAAUAUUUGAUCAAGUCGCAUAUUGUUGCAGGUGAUUUUAAAUUGAACAAAAUCCAGGGUUGCCAAGAAUACAAAUGGCUCACAAGAGAAGAAAUCCAAGAGCUUACAGACCCAGAGUAUUUCGCCAAAGUUGACUGCCUUCUUUCUAAAGUCUGA